AUGGAGGACUCCGCUGCAGUCGCGUCCUCUGCCGCCGCGCUCGGGAGGUGCAUCGUGCGCCUCAAGCUGCCGCGCGCGUGGACGGCGGAGGAGGACGCGCGCCUGGAGCGCCUGGCCAAGGAGAACGGCUUCGGGCACUGGCACCGCGUGGCGCGCAGGAUGCCCGGGCGAUCCUCCGGAUCCUGCCGCGACCGGUGGCGCCACCACCUCGCCCGCGACGUCUACCACCGCCCCUUCACCGCGCGCGACGACGAGGAGCUGCGGCGCCUGGUGGAGCGCUUCGGCGGCAGCGGCCGUUGGAAGGACAUCGGUCGCGCGGUCUACGGGCGGACGUCGCGCGUCAUGAAGCGCCGCUGGAAGGAGAUUCGCAAGGCCAACAACAGCGGAGGAGGCGCCAAGAUCUACUACCCGCCCGCGCUGCCAUCCGACGACGAUCAAGACUUGGAGUCCGGCGAGACGGCGGCAUUGCAGCAGGGUCCGAGUAGUUACUCCUACGCCGACGACGUUCUGGCUUCGAGCUUCGCUUCGUGCAGCCCUGCCACCAGCGGCGCCGUGGACCCCAGGGCUGGAAGCCUCGCGUUAGAUUUCGCCUGCAUGGCGGUAUAA